AUGGAAACAGCAAACAAUAACCUUAGUAGUUCCAUGUCAAUAAACGAAAAGACAAUUGAACGAGUCACUGAAUUUGAUCCAUUUUCGAAUUCCGAAAAACAAGUAAAGAGUGAAAUUACAGAAAACAUAGAAACUAUAGAAAUUGCAAAAACUAUAGAAACCGCAGAAACCGAAGAAAUUAAAGAAAUUACAAAACCAAAAAAUGAAACUACAGAAACUAAAGAAAUUAAAGAAACCUUAGCGGCUUUAUCAUCAAAAACUGUUAAUUCUCAAGAGGAGGAAACAUCAAAUCCACAAAAAUUAGAUCCGUUGCCCGAUAUAAUAAAUCAAACUGAAUUUUCAGAAUUAUCUAAAGAGAAAAAUGAAGAAUCAAAUUCUCGAAGCGUCACCACAGGAGACAAUAUCGAAAAUAUAGUAAAACAACAGAAUUCAUCAGAAAAAGAUACACAAGAAGAAGUUCCACAAUUUGAUUUUGGGAAAUUUCUUCAACAAAUGUCCCAUCCAAGUUCAAAACAAAUUGCACAAGUAAAUGAACAAAUAAAACUCAUACACAAUUUCUUAGAUGGAAUAACCAUAAAAAUGCGCGAAUGUGAAUUAUGGCGGGAUAUAUCUGAGAUAGAAUUUGAAAAUGCGAAAGAAGGCAUGGAAAAAUUGGUGAUGAAUCGAUUAUAUAAGUUAACCUUUACACCUGCCAUAAGAGGACCUGUUACAACUGAUGAUAGGGAAAGAGAUGAGAUUUUACAUCAAAAAUUUCAAAUAUUCAGAUGGAUAAAGGAAGUUCAUCUGGACAUACCUAGUGAUCAUCAUCAUAAAGAACAAGAAAAAUUUCUUGAAUUCGCAAAAAAAGAAUUAUUGAAAAUCAAUAAAUUCUAUUCACCUCGAGAUAAACUUAUUUGCAUUCUUAAUUGUUGUAAAGUUAUUUUUGGUCUCAUAAAACUUAUAGAUGGUGAACAAGGUGCUGAUAAAUUUUUACCCAUUCUUAUUUAUGUUGUUUUGAAGGCCAAUCCAGAAAAUUUGGUUUCAAAUGUCCAAUACAUUUCUCGAUUCAGAAAUCCCGAUAAAUUACAAUCUGAAGCAUAUUAUUAUCUUUCAAGUUUGAUGGGGGCAAUUUAUUUUAUUGAAAAUUUGGAUGCAUCAUCGCUUACUAUAACACGAGAAGAAUUUGAUAAAUACAUUGAGAAUACUAUGAAGGAAUUGGAACGUGAGAGACCGAAAUUACAAGAAAAUAAUAGAGAAGUGGUUAAUUAUGACAAUGCUAUUCAUCCCUCCAGACAUCCAUUAAAUGUAAGAACUCCACUAUUAAAUACAGCACAAGCUAAAAUUUUAUUAGAAAAAGGAAGUACAUUUGCUCAAUGGACAUUUCAUAAACCGUUAUCAGUUGUUGGAAAAAUAUUAGCCGAUUUGAAUGAACCUAUUAUAUCUCGUCCAGUUAAUUCAUCAUUAGAAGAAAGUUCAGAUUCUUCACGAAGUUCAUCACCUAAUCGUCAACAAAUAAAUGGUUCUCAGCGAUUAUCAACCAGUGAAGAAGAAAUUCGGCGUUCUUUGUCAGUUUCUUCUCAUUAUUCAAAUGCGACAAAUGAUUAUUCUGACAUACAGGAUCAAGUUCGACGUGUAUCUGAAGAAGAAUUUAAAGCAUCCCUAGCUAUUCUAAAAUCAAUGUUCCCUAAUAUGGAUCCUGAUAUUUGUGAAGAUGUAUUACGAAAUAACGAAUGGAAUAUGCAAAAUGCUAUAGAUCAAUUGCUUGAAAUAUCUGAACCCCUAGAUGGCACUUUAUACGGAGAGAGAACAACAACAAAUGAUAAUAAUAUUCAUGAUAACAUUCACGAUAAUAUUCACGAUAACAUCAAUGAUAAUGAAAUAUGUGUACCACCAUAUACUUUAUAA